AUGUACGCCACGUCAAAGAGAAAGUCCACCGUGGACCGGCAAGAUGAAAGAUUGACCUGGAACUGGGAUGCUUUGGAAGACAAGAAGAUGCAGAACACACCUACACCCACACCACGGUCGAUGACUUCGUUCUUUGACCCAGACCGCACCAGCCAAACUCCCCGAACGCUGAACGGAAAUGGUCUCAAACGCUCAGGUGGUGGUUUCUCUAUGCCUCCGAAUCAGAACCACGCGAAGCGCAUCAAAGUGGAGUGUACUUCACCAGAACCAUAUCAUUUUCAGGGCAGGAGUCUCUCAGAUGCGAAACCAUUUGUCGAGCCUGCAAAGACACCUGCAGCGCCGAAGAAAAAGCCAGCAGGGCCAUUCAUUAUUGAUGACUCUGACGAGGAGUCCGAUACCGAAAGCGGCCCUGCGCCUACUUCUGCCCCUGUCGCUCUUCCCGCCAUUGUCAAUACGUCGCGGCCUGCAACACCUCCUCGACCAUCCGCACCACGCAACACCAUGCCAGCAUCGAAGUUGGAACAGCGUGCUGAGAGCAAGAGACUGCGAGAGGAAGCGCUGGCGAGGAGAUUUGGCAGUCCAGCUGUCUGCGAUCAGCGCCAGAACACCGUCAAGAUCGAACGAAUCGAACAGCCCGUGACUACAAUGCUUGAAUAUGAGCCGAUCGAUCUUACGGUGGACGACUCGCCUAGUCCUAUCAAGCCGACCAGACAGAGCACACGCCCGCCUCAGGAGACGACAAAGCCAGCUACGUUCCCUGCAAAGAGCCAACCAGUUUUACAACAUGAGAGCCGCUCACAACGGCAUAAUCAGGAGACGCAGGGCGGCAAGGCGAAUACUGGAGGCACUGGCCAAAUCAAUGCUGCGCAACUGCCAUCCACAAAGUCCGACGUGACAAAGACAGCCUUGCAGCCGGCAAAAGCUUCACCCACUUUGAAGCCCCAAGACGUAGCACCAGUGCCCGCUGGACCCAAGAAAGAUCCUACCUUUGACGAUUUGCGAGAAAGGUUGCGCGAGGCCGAGGUGAAGAGAAAGGAAGAACUUAAGAAACAAGAGGCCACACGUGCGGUAGCUAUCGCCAGAGAUGAGGUUGAAGAUCGUCGAAGAGCUGAAGAGGAGCAGCUUAGAAAGAAAAGACUCGUUGAAGAUGCUCGUAAAAAAGCCGCGGCAAGGCAAGAAGCCGCUGAUCAAGCCCGUCGGGAAGCUGAGAAGCGACGUGUGCUUGAGCAAGACGUUGAGCAGCGGGCUGCGCAGCUUGAGAAAGAGCGCAAGAAGCAGCUAGAAGAGCAGAACAGAAUCUUCACGGAGAAGCGAAAAGCGGAAAGAGAUGCCCAGGAACGGCUCCGCCAGCAGCAGCUUCAGAAGCAGAAGGAGGUGGAACAAGCCCAGCAGCAGAAAUUGCGCGAAGCACGGAUUCGUCGACAAAAAGAACGCAAUGCACAGAUAGCUCAAGCCUCCCUCGAACCGACAGACACCCCCAGCCCUGGUCUUGAAGAGCAACGGACGACGCUGCCAGCGCCAGUGUCGUUGUCGCAGAUCGCGAAGGACGCUGCGCGAGGCACUGGUAGUGUUAUCAGCGCAAGCAAUGCUAUUGCAACAUCUCCCUCCAUGCAACCAAGGUCACUGCACAGUCUGCAUCCUGGAGAGCUUAGCAGGCUGCAGGCCAACGCGAACGCAAGCAACGACCCUCCUGGACCUGUCGGUGAGAUCGGCCAAGUCGACCUCAAGGUGGAUAAAAUGAGAAACGACAAUUUGGACUGGGCUGCCAUUGCGCAUUACCACAACAGUGCUACCAGCCAGGGGAGAUCUGAAAGCUCUUUGCGGAGACGAUAUCGCCAAGUUGCGAAUGCUCUAAAAGAACACAGGAUACCGUUUGAGCUGAUCAAGAAAGCGAGGGACGGAGAUGAAGCUGCUCGCGCGGACAUCAAUCGGCGUGUCACAGGAGGCACGAUGCCGCGAGCAGAACCUCAAGCACCUGUGCUGCGUCUGAGCCAUCAUCAGCAGGCCCAUCAGAUGCCACCAGGUGACAGAGCGCUCCCGAGCGACAGCUUCAUUCCAUACCGCAACGUGUCGGUCAACCCUGCUGUUAGGCGCGACAGUCCCACGGAAGGACGUCAAACCACCGGAGGCAAGACGAUCGAUCAGAACUUCUUCUUCCACAUGCUGGAGCAGAACCACAAAGCGUUUAUCGAAAUGGACGAAGAUCCCGAAUCGGAAGAUGAUGAGCCAGAAGACCGAUUCUACUACGUCUACUCACUCAAGCGCAGGGACCUGCCUGCCGGCUCGGAUCCCGACGACGUGGAAGAAUGGCCAGCGAUCCGUUGCGACGAAGCCUUUGACAACCUCGAAGAUGCCAAUUCUGCUGCAUCCAAAGAGAUUCUACGAAUCUCGAAUCACGAAGGAGCCCCGUUUCCAAAUGUCACUGCAAGCAUGGACCUGGCGCAGGUGGUGAAUCCCGACACCGGCAUGCUCUCACUUGAACUACACGCUGGCGACGGCGGCAUUGUCCAGAUCGACGUCGAGAGAGAACGCCACACACGGCACGGCAAACAGAAGCUACCACCCGCUACGCUGUCCAGGACUAUCUACCACGUCAAGCAACGUAUCACAAUCCGCGAGAUAGUAGACGAGGCGCUUGGCACCGAAAGAGAGACAGUGAGGGAGAGUCUCGUAGGUGCCAGUCACACGGAUCGUGACCAGGCAAACGAUAUUGCGAUCAACCAUUACGUUCACGCAAACUACCGCUUCGAGGGCGGUACUCCGAACCUAAGCAAGCGCACUGAGGUGUGCAAGCCGCAGAUUGAGGCGUGGAAGGACUCCCUUCUCGUGGAGCAGCUGUUCCAUGCCGGGCCUGGGGAUGCGCAAGUAGAGGUCUGGGUCGAGAAAGGCAAGGUGGCUGGGCCUAGAAAUGUAUGA